AUGUCAGUCGCCUGCGAUGGUCUCUCCGAUCUGCCUCGAGCUCGCCAUCCAGCCGGCUUCGAUCCGACGUCCGCGGCUCCGGCUGGCGAGCAUAUCGAUUCUGCUCAGAUGAGCCCGAGCGCAGAGCCGGAGCCCGACUCGCUCUACGCCCACGAGACUCGCGAGGAGGACGUGCCUUGGUGGCAGAGGUAUGUCGAAGAAUCGGACAACCUAGAUAUCUGA